ACGAGGUCAAAAGGCCGAUUACGAUAAUUGGGCGGAUCAAGGUCCAGAGUAUAAAAUUUGGGAUUACGAUCAUUGUCUAAAAGCUUUCAAGGCCACCGAAAACAAUUCGCAUGAAAAUCCUGACGAAGAAUUUAAAAAGUAUCAUGGAUUUAAUGGCCUACUCCAUGUUCAAGAUUGUUGUGUUCACCCUAGUGAUAUUUUAAAGGAUUUCAUUAAAACUACAAGAAGUCUUGGCGUCCCUUAUAAUAAUGAUUUCAAUGGUCAGACAAAAUGGGAUAGUAAAAUAUCAGAUGGAAAGCGCUUUUCGUUGGCUGACGGUUAUCUGAAAGAUGUAUUGAAAAAGGUUCAAAUUUAUCCACCAAUAGAAUCAGGUGAAGGGAUUUCAAAGAUCGUCGCAGUAAAUGUCAAAUCCUUCGCCCACAUGUUGAAUAUUAUUUGGGAUGAAGAAAAGAAAGAUGAAAAUUUAGCAAUUGGCGUUAAAUAUUUCUGUAAUGGUGGAGUUCAUAACUCUUUUAUUGCUCCAAAAGGAGAAGUGAUUCUUUGUGGUGGUAGUAUUAAUAGUGCUCAGAUUUUAAUGUUGUCUGGAAUCGGCCCAAAAAAUAAUUUGGAGGCUAAUAAUAUUAAAGUUCGUAAAGAAUUACCGGUUGGGCGUAAUCUACAGGACCAUCCGUUUUGUUUCAUUUCUGGCAAAGUUUCUAUUCAAAAUAGUACAGAUGAUGUUUUGCAAUCUCAUGCUUGGUGUUGUGGAAUUAGGCCUGGAAUGUUUUUUAAAGCAAAUGCUGAAGGAAAAGCUCUUAGUCAAAAAGAUUUCCUUGACGAACGUCCCGACAUUCAAACUUACAUAUGCACUCAGAAUGUGUUAGAUACUAAACCAGUGCCAAAAUUAGAAGUGAUUAUACUAGCAUCAGUUUUAAAUCUCCCAUCAAGCGUCGGUCACUUGGAAUUAUCUAGUUCUAAUCCAUUUGAUCAACCAAAAAUAUUUCUCAAUUUUUAUGAAAAACCUGAUGAUAUGUAUAGAAUGAUUAGUUCUUUUAAAUUUUUAUGUGAAAUAAUUAAACAACCUCUAUUUAGUAAAGUAUGGGGUAUAAAAGAAAUUGGAUCAUAUGAUGAAUUUGGGAAAUGGUGUAGUUUCAAAGAUGAAAUGAGUGAUGAAGAUUGGGAACAACAUAUCCGUGAAAAGACAAUUUCAUCAUUUCAUUCAUGCGGUACGGUUAAAAUGACACCCGAAUCACAAAGAGGGUGUGUUAACCAUCGACUUCAAGUUUAUGGAACAAAAAACCUUCGAGUUGUCGAUGCUUCAAUUUUUCCAAUUAUUCCGAAUGGUAAUACUAAUGCUCCCGUUGCCAUGGUGGCAUGGAAAGCAAGCAGGAUAAUUGAAGAAGAUUACAGAAAAAAAAUUUAA